AGAGAUUGGCAGGCGAGCGGCCAAUCAGCGGCCGGAGCUCUUCCGGCUCCACGUCGGCAGCGGAGGAGGCAAAAUGGAGGCGCUGGUGCUGGAGCCGUCCCUGUACACGGUCAAGGCCAUCAUCAUCCUGGACAACGACGGCGAGCGGCUCUUCGCCAAGUACUACGAUGACACGUACCCCAGCGUGAAGGAGCAGCGCGCCUUCGAGAAGAACAUCUUCAGCAAGACACACCGCAGUGACAGCGAGAUCGCGCUGCUGGACGGGCUGACCGUGGUGUACGGGGGACACAGCGAGAUCGCACUGCUGGACGGGCUGACCGUGGGGAAGAACGUGGAGCGCCGGGCGCUGCUGGACAACAUGGAGGGGCUGUUCCUGGCCGUGGACGAGAUCGUGGACGGAGGGGUCAUCCUGGAGAGCGACCCCCAGCAAGUCGUGCACCGCGUGGCCGUGCGGGUAGGGGCUGGGGGGAAGAACGUGGAGCGCCGGGCGCUGCUGGACAACAUGGAGGGGCUGUUCCUGGCCGUGGACGAGAUCGUGGACGGAGG